AUGUCAUCUUCAAACGCCAGCAAUCAAGAUAACGUUACUGCAGCAGCAGUAGAUUCCAACGAUGUUGCAGGCGACGGACAUGCUGAUGAUCAAAUCAAUACAUCAAACCGGAAUGAUGAUAUCGACAGCUCUCAUGUAUCUGCAAUCCUUAGUUCUGCAUUAGAUAACGCUCCUAAUAAAGAGACUACUGGAAAAUUUUCACUGAUGUCUUCUGUAUUCGGAAAGAAAGACAAAACUGGAAAAAGAAUUAAUACGGAGGACGGCAAGUGUUUAAAAGUAUCAUGGCAGACUGAUAACGGAAAGUGUAUUCAAGAAAAAGCAUCAGUAUCUAAAGGAAAAACAUUACGGGAAGUUUUACAGCAAUUUUACGAAAAGCACGAUUUAAAUUUUCAAAACUACAACGUUUAUUUGGAAUCUUCACAGUCUGCGUUACCGUAUACCUUCAACAGUUAUCCGCUAGGUGGUUGUACUAUUCAUGUGAAAGCAGUUGAUGAGCAAAUUCUUAAGAAGACUAAAGCAAAACAGAAAAGGCCUGCGGCAAUAACAAAAACAGACAGUAAAGAUUCGCUCACUGAUACGAAUGAUAGUCGAAACCAGAGUCUUAGGAAGAAACCAGAUUCUAAUGAGCCACCUGUUAAACCACCUACUCCAAUCUCUGAAAACUCUGGUAGUAUAUCGAAAAAGAGUGGAAGUAAAUUAGCUGCAAUUUUCAAUAACUCAUCAAAACAGUCUGAAGGCAUCAAAACUUUAGCAGAUUCUUUAGAAGAAAUAGAAUCUACUUUCGAAGAGGAGAAGGAAAAUUACAUUGAAGAAUCAUAUACAUUUCUACUGAGUGAUUCCUGGAGAGACUAUGUAGAGGGAUCAGAGGAAUUAAAUAAACGCCAAAUGGACCAUCAACAAGCUAUAUGGGAGUUGUUAUCGACUGAAGUUGGCUACUUACGUGAUCUCAAAACAAUUUUACAGGUUUUCCAAGGAAGCCUUUGCAGACUUCGUGCAGAAAAUUAUUUGCAAGAUGUGGAAAUCAGUAAACUGUUCUGCAACAUUUCUGACGUUUACGAUUCAAAUGCAAUAUUAUGGAAAAAUUCAUUUGCCCCCAUUGUUGAUCAAUUAAAAACAACAAAACAACCCUUGACGCUUGGUUGCGCGUGGGAAUCGUUUAAUGCCACGAUAAGGGAACAUUUUACUCCAUAUAUACACUAUUGUGUUGAGCAAACAAGGAUGACUACAUAUCUUAAAGAGAAGAUGAAAGACAGUAGCGAAUUUAGAACUUUUUUGCAAUGGUGUGAAAAUCGAAAGCAACUCAACCGUCUACAGUUACCCGACUUACUAGCAAAGCCAAUGCAAAGAAUAACAAGAUAUCCCUUGUUGCUUAAAGCAAUUAGAAAAAAUCUUGAUGAUGAAAUAGGCAAACAAAAUAUACAAACAAUGAGUGAUCAAGUGGAACAAUUUACUACAAAGAUUAAUAACGCAAUAAAAGACCAGCAAGAAUAUGAAAAAAUGUGUACCUCAGUUAGCCGAAUCGAAGGCUAUACUGUCAUAGAACCGAUAAAUGAAGAAGUCGGCAAGUACUUGAACAACUUUAGUAAUCUUAACUUAACUGGUUCGAUGCCCUUGAUUUGUCCGAAUGAGACGAGAGUAAUUAUUAAAGAAGGACCUUUGCGGUUAAAAGAGAAAGAUGCUAAGAUUGAUGCAUAUGGGUUCUUAUUCACCGACCACCUUCUCAUCACAAAGCAGUCCAAAAGCGGUAAAAGAAUUAAAGUUAUCAGACAGCCCUAUUUAUUGAAUAAAAUCAAAGUAUACAAUCUAAAAGACUCAGGCUACUUUCUAAUCAUCUACUUAAGUGAAUUCAAUACUGCAGUAUCCGCUCUAGCGUUGCAAUCUACUAGUUCGGAGCAUACCAAUAAUGAAUGGAUAGAUGCCAUCAACAAAUCUACUAGAGAAUAUAAGGAUCUGCUCGCUGAAAAUGGAAACUUCACACAGUUAUUUGGCACUCCUCCUCCAUCGCCUAUAGCCCGUCCUUCUCGCUUCCGGAGAUCUGGACAUUCAAAUAGCAGUGAUCAUUUAAUUAUGAAUGGAGAGAGAGGAAGAAGCAUCUCAACGAUAUCUAACCGAUUGGGGCCAGAGCUUGAAAGAAAUAAUUCGUUUUUAUCUAUUUCAUCAGAGAAAUUACCUAAUAGUAGUUCGAGAAGAGGAUCCAUUGCGUCGGGAGAAUACUCUCCGCCAUCAUCUCCUAAGCCUAAGAAAAUGAUAGCAUCACUGCGACGUUCUCAAACGGUACAAGAAGGAAUUGGUGCUGGAAGAUAUGAGCACAAACGCAAAUCUCCUGAAAAAUUUCAAAGUCAGGAUAUUAUAAACUUUAGCUUGCCUGUACGAAAUCCGGAAAGAUCUAAUAAUGCAAUAACAGAAGGGAUUGCAAUUGUUGCUACCGAAUCGGAAACGACCUCAUUAGGGACUACCGAAGCAGAUAAAGAAGAGUCAAGUACGAAUCUCAGCGAGCAAGAUACUUCCACUAAUCUAAAUCCAGAUGAAGGUAAAAUCUCUAAUGUUACCAAUCCUGAAGGUAAAGAUGAAAUAGACGAAACGAUCCGGGAAUCUAAUGGGACAUCUAAGGAUAAAAAUAAAAACGAUGAUAUAGCAACCGUUCAAAUUACGCCGAGCGGGUCUCCACAAAUAUCAAAGUCAAACAAAGUUUAUGAUGGAAAGAUGAAACUAUCUAAAACCAGAUUUAGAACUGCAAAGAAUCGAUUCAAAGAGAACAUAAGUGAUAGCGAUCAUUUAACUGCCGAAAGCGAGUCACCUGAGUACGCUAAGUCAGCAUCUACUAAUAAUGAAUUGGAAACUGAAAAGACCCCUAAAGAAAAAACAAAGGAAGACGUCGUGGAUGAUAUACGGUUGACUGUUAAUGACGAAGAUCAAAUCAAAACUGAAAUCAGAACUUCUGAUAAUCAACAAACCAUUACAGAAGGUGACGUAGGUAAUAAUUUAGAAAGCCAAGCAAGUGGCAAUGGUGAUAGUAACAAUGAAGAACCUAAUGUAACGGAUUCGAAGCAAGAGAUUAAAGAAGUAGAUAGUGAAAAUCGCAAUCAAGUAGAAGAAGUGAAUCCGUUAGUAAAGGAGGAACAGUCGACCGAUACUGACGGCAUCAACGAACAAAUUGUUGGAGAUUCCGAUAAAAAAGAAGAUAUACCAGACAAUGAAGCCAUAGUUGUACUAGCUGAUGAUAUAUUGAAGGCGGAAACCGUUCCAGUAACCUCGGAUGAAGUAAAGGUUGACGAGAAUAUGGCCGAGAACGCCGAGAUUUUAGAUACUGGCAAGGUCCCCACAGUAAAGAGUGAAGAAGUAAUGAAUACUGAAUUACCUGACAGAGAGGAACUUCCUCAAGAAACGAAAACAGAACUUAUAAGUAGUAACGAAACAGCGUUGACUGAAGAAAGCAGCAAUGCACCAGUUCUUGAUGCUGAUAAUCGUGUUGAUGAAAAUCUUUGUGAUCAGUCUGAUGUGAUUCCGAGCGAAUUAUCACCUGACUUGGCGAUGCCAAGCGAAGCGCUACCUGGUAACGAAUCUGAAUCCGCAUUUUUAACCAUUGCACCUCCGCCAGAUUUUGCAGACGACAGCUACGACGACGUUUUCGAUAAUCAAUUUCCUGAAAAUGAGCAUACUGAUAGGGAUGUUGCUUCUUCGACAUCUGAUCAGGACGAAGAAGACUCUAAAGCGGUGGAAGUUGUUAUUGAUGAUUCUGAGCAAGUCACCCAUAGCGAUGACGAUGUGGACCGAGAAUUAUCGGACGGGGAUGAUUAUGAGAACAACCCCGCAGCUGACGCCGAGGUUGACAUGGCAAAUUAUAAUUACAAUGAGAUGCCACCAAAUAAUUCACAGAACACAAGCGCAGAUCAAGAUCCAAUAUCUGAUGGUAUUAAAAGCCCGCCCCUAAGUAGAGUGACAGAAAGCUUGUUGCGGACCCCGUCGCAAAAAGGGCAUAGGAAUAGAAGUAAGCCAAUUGACCAAAGCAUGUUGCAGAUGAAAGAUGGCGUAGAAUUAUGUGCUCUCCAACUAAAAUUGCAGAAAUUAGGGGCAACCAGAAAUCCCAUCAAGAUGGCGCAGGCCAAGCGACUGUACUUGAGAACGUUGUCUUUAUCUGCUCAGUAA